AUACUAGCCAUGCAAGGAUCAUUAGAAAAUGAAUGUGAUUAAAUUACAAAUAGACCCUUCGAACAAUGAGAAUCUCAUGGUUAUUGUUAUAAUGACUAAAGAUUACAUAAACAUAAAUAACACAAACUAAACAUUUGUAACAACAUCAAAUAUCCUAACCUCCGUACUAUGCACGAAUUUAACGUGUGAAAAAUCGGGCCGGAGAACAAACUGUUUUAAAAUAAACCCAAAAAUUGAAAUAUGAAACGUAUAAUAUAAUCUUAAAUGUAGUAUGAAAUCUCCAAGAAAAUACUAGUAAUAUUCAAUCAUAUGAAGAAAAGCCAUGCAACGGCUGCGAGAACAGAGCCCGAGACAGAGAUCACAAGCGAUGAGGCUCCUGCCGCAGGAGCCGAAGCUUCAGGGCCGUCACUGGCGCCAGUUCCGUCAUCGGAAGAUGGAGACAUUUCUGGAGUCGGAGCUGGCGGAGAGGAGGCGGUAGGUGCGUCAGAGGAGCUGGUAGGACCUUCGGAAGAAUCACCGGAGCUUGAGUCAGGGCUUGAAGCCGGAGUUUUGGCUGAUGAUGACUUUGGAGAUGGGGAAGAUGGGGAAGGGCUUGGAGUUCCGGUGGAAUUUUUCUUGGCCAUGGUUGGAGCAGCUGUAGGCGGUGAGGUUGGGGCGGAGGCCGUGGGUGAUUUUGGGGAUGCUGCGGCGGCGGGAGAAGGAGAGGUAGAGUUCUUUUCGCCGUUGGCUUUCGGUGCGUUUGCCGGUGUUGGAGGAUCGGCGGCCAAGACGGCGGUGAUGGCCAAGGCAGCCACGGCGAGAGAUAGGAGUUUAAGUGUCAUUGUCAUUUUGUGGUGAAUGUGAAUUGCUUUUGUGGUGAUUAAUUAUGUAUUUUUGUGGUUUAUGAUUAGUGCUAAAAAAGAUUAAAAAGAAGAAAAGAGUUAUUUU